AUGGGAAAUCGACGGAAGGGGAGAGGCGGAGGAGGAGGAGAAGAGGAGGAGCUUCACGCGGCGGCGAGGUCGGGAGACCUGAGUCAAGUUCAGGUGAUUGUCGGCUCCAACCCUUUGAAGGUCAAUGGAAGAGAUAAGCACUCCAGAACUCCACUACAUUUGGCUGCAUGGGCUGGGCAAACAGAAGUGGUGAAUUUUCUGUGUAAGAACAAGGCUGAUGUCGGUGCUGCUGCUAUGGAUGACAUGAAGGCAAUACACUUUGCUGCGCAAAAGGGACAUGUAGAGGUUGUUCGGGCGCUACUUUCUUCUGGAGCUUCGGUCAAGUCUUCCACUCGCAAAGGUCUCACUCCACUGCACUUUGCUGUUCAAGGAUGCCAUGUGGAACUUAUCAAGUAUUUGGCUAGGAAAGGUGCGGAUCUCACCACAAAGACAAAAGCAGGGAAGACCCCUCUUGAGCUUGCUAGCAAUGAUGAAGUCCGCUCUUGUUUGGAAGAGUGUGAAAGGUCAUCUGAGAAAGGAGAUCUGAAUGUUAAACAGAAAGAUGAAGAAUCUGAUCCAAAGAUAAUCCAGCAAGAAGAUAUGAAAUCUGGAGGUGAAGCGCCGGGUUCUGGGAAUGAUGAACAUGCCAAGGAUGAAAGUCUGAAGAGGAAGGGUGAUUCUGGGGAGGCCUCGGGGGAACCAAAAAGAUCCAAAGUUUCACUGAACCAUCUCCUGGCUGCUGAUGAUGAUAUACAGGAUGAGGAAUGAAGUUUCUAAGGGAGACUAGUAUACUAGUAUAGUAGAAUGACCUUUAAUCAAGCAGCUAACUGCUAUAGUCAUAGAAUUGUGUAAUUCUCUGAGUCUUUGUGCUACGAUAUAGGAUUUUCAUCGAUCAGUGACUGCUAGAAAGGUACAUGCAUCGAGUUUUUCUGUUUUUUCCUAUUAUAAGCUUGUUCGUGUCUUCCAGAUUUUUUUGUUACUUUUGCUCGCCACAUGGUGCAGUGGCUGUAAUGCAUUCUCUUGUAUUGAAAAAAAUGAUACAUCUGAAUUAGCCUCAAACCAGCUUAUCAUCCAGUUCUUUUUGCUGAUAAAGCACAAGCUGUGAUGAAAUAGAUCCACAAUGGCUAUAUAAAUUAGAGGUAUUUGGUC